AUGGCUUCAGGUGGUUCUGGAAGUGCGCUGGAUUCUCAAAGGGAUGGCAAAAAGAGCCCCCUGGGCCUCGUAGCAAUGAGGGUGAUCACAGUCAUAACGUUCGCUCUGACCCUUGGAAUCUCUCUAUCUGACGGCGUUAAUGAUUGGCAUUGGGGAAAGGGUAAAGGCUACUCUUUAUGUGCAGGCAGUGGAGGGUCAAGGAGCGUCUCAGAAUUCGUAAAGCCAGAAAAGCCGCCAGUCCUCUUUGGAAUUGACAUGGAUGGGACUUUUUACACAAACAACAAGGAGGCAUGGGAGCGGAACAUAGAGGCUUUCGCAGAAACAAGAAGGAGAGGUUACAUACCAUUUUUAUGCACAGCAAAACCACUUGGUCCAGCGAUUAAGCGUCUUGGGGGCCCAAACUUUGUGGAAAGGACAGGGUACAGAGGCUAUCCUGGAGUCUACAAAAAUGGAGCUCUCGUAUAUGAUGAGAAUGGCAGUGUUCUUAGCGUACAUGUUUUCCCCAAAGAGUUUUUACAGGCUCUCCAUUUGUUCCUCGUCGAAAAUGGGCUUACAGCCAAUGUCAUAUUCUACAACGAAGAUGACGCCUUUUCACUUGCACAAGACAAUGAGAUCAUCAGGACUUAUCCGGGGAAAUUUAUAGUCCCGAGAUUCACAACGUUUGAGGAGCUCCUAAAGAAGAACAUCGUCAUGAUGAAAUAUGCAGGCUUUGAACUAAAUGUUCCAGAGUUCAGAGAUGGCAUUGACUAUGUUGACAAGGUAGACAUAAAUGGAACUCACGAUUUGAGUCCCCCGGGAGUUACAAAGGCGAGUGCUCUAUCUACUCUUAUAAACCACUAUGGUCUCUCUUCCAAAGAUUGUGGGUUCAUAGGCGAUGAUAAGAACGAUGUCGAGGCUAUGGAAUUGGUUGGAUUCUCAUUUGCAGUUGGAGACGCAAAGGAUGAAGUUAAGAAGCAUGCAAAGAUUGUGCUGGACAAAACCUGUGACCAAGGAGCAGUUUCACAAGCCCUUAAACUCACAUAUGGGCUUUAG